AUGUCUCUCUCGAAACAUUCAAAUUUAACUACAAAAAUUCUGCCAUUCAAUAUUAUGGAUCUUCGUGAUGAAAAUUUUUAUGAUUUUAUUCGGCAAUUUGCAGGGAAAAAAGUUGCUGAACUCCUCUCUUUUCAAGAAUGCAACAGUGUUGAUUCGUUUCUUGGUUGUCAAGAUGUAACUGCUAUCCUUCAUCUUGAAUCAGAUGAACUUAUUGAUCUUAAAAAGAACAUGUGCAUUACUUUGAGCAACGGUUCUAUUUAUCUUCUUCCAGGCAUCGAAUCAUCUAUUAUGCAUCUCACCAAACUAUUUAAAAACAAACAAGAAGAGCUUAUUAAACGAUCUAAACGACGUCAAUCAAUUGCGAUUUCUUCUGUUCAUUCAACACCCAACAUCAUUUCGAACAAUUUAUCACCAACGACUGUAGUUCUAGGUAAUUCUUCGAUUCAUCGGUCUACUUCUAAUGCUUUGCCUAAUUCAUACCUAGCUGUUUCAACACCGGCAACACAUGUUCUUGCAAAUGAAAUUAAAAGGAGUGCAUGA